GGCGUCAUCAGCGUUCAGCUUCAACAGUCGAGCCGCGCCGCUCAUUGUGGCCACCAUUUUUGCUGCGUCCUCAACUCUAAGCACAUUCGGAAUGUCUCGAACGAGCUGCUGAUGUAGAGGGCGCCGAAUUUCUGUGCCGUCAAGCGCGCAAAAAUGUCGUCACCGCCCGCCAUUUCUUCGCCUCUUCAUGGUGCCGCCGGACGACGUUCACGAUUCACGUACCGCCAGCUUGCCCAACUCGCAUCGUACGGCGCGUCCAACCCUCUGCGCGUCAUAGCUCAUAUCGACCUGGAUGCAUUCUACGCGCAGUGCGAGAUGGUACGCCUAGGCGUGCCCGAGGACAAACCUCUCGCGGUCCAACAAUGGCAGGGACUCAUUGCAGUCAACUAUCCCGCUCGUGCGGCUGGAAUUGGGCGCCACUGCAACAUCACGGAGGCCAAAAAGCUAUGCCCGGAGUUGAUUGCCCAACAUGUGGCCACAUGGCGCGAGGGAGACGACAAAUGGGCCUAUCGCGAGGACGCUGCCGCCAACAUUGCAUCGGACAAGGUCUCACUCGAUCCGUAUCGGCUGCAGUCGAGAAGAAUCUUAGCUCUGGUCAAGGAGAUUCUGCCUCAUGACCUCCAAAAAGUGGAAAAGGCCAGCAUCGACGAGGUCUUCCUAGACCUGUCGGCUCAUGUCCACUCGAUAUUGCUCGAGCGCUUCCCCGAACUCUCCAACCCACCACCCUACGACGACCCCACCGAGGUGCUGCCGCCUCCGCCCGUUUGCGCCCUGGACUGGCAGGCAGAUGCUCUCGUAGACCUGGAUGAGGAGGAGGAGACGCAAGACCCAGAUUGGGACGACGUGGCGAUCCUUGUCGGCUCUGAGAUUGUGCGAGGCGUCCGUGCGGAAGUACGAAAGAGACUAGGCUACACAUGCUCGGCCGGUAUCGCCAGUAACAAGCUUCUGAGCAAGUUGGGCUCCGGCUUCAAGAAGCCCAACUGUCAAACAGUUGUGCGCAAUCGCGCCGUUGACACCUUCCUGGCGGACUUCAAGCUGACCAAGAUUCGGAACUUGGGCGGCAAGCUUGGCGACCAGGUGGUGUCAACGUUUCACACCGAGAGCGUUAGGGAGCUGCUUCAGGUGUCGAUGGAUCAGAUGAAAGCGAAGCUUGGCGAUGAUACAGGUCGUUGGCUAUACGACACCGUCCGCGGCGUGGACACUAGUGAGGUCAACUCGCGCACCCAGAUCAAGUCUAUGCUCUCGGCAAAGUCCUUUCGACCAAGCAUCAAUAACGCAGAGCAGGCCCUCAAAUGGCUGAGAAUCUUUGUUGCCGACAUCUACGCCCGACUGGUGGAGGAGGGCGUUUUGGACAACAAGCGGCGACCACGUACCAUCAACCUGCACCACCGCACUUCGGGCCAAACCCGCAGCCGCCAGGGGCCGAUCCCACAGGGAAAGGUACUAAAUGAAGAGGCCCUGUUCCAGCUGUCCAAGGAUCUCCUUUACCAAAUCACCUCUGAUGGAAAGGUCUGGCCUUGUGCGAACUUGAGUCUCAGUGUUGGGGGCUUUGAAGAAGGAGUCAAAGGCAAUAUGGCGAUCGGUGCUUUCCUCAUCAAGGGUAGCAUCGAGGCGGAAUCUGCGCGUUCGGGCCCCCCUACGCAUCGAGCCGAAACCGAGCAACGGCCCGGCAAAAGACCCCGAGUCGAGAGUGGCGGUCUCCAUCGAUUCUUCGUUCAGGGGGGCGGCACUCACGAGACCACGUCCAACCACCACGACUUGCCGCAACCGGGCGGCGAGAUGCAAGUUCAUCCCAGCGUCCCCCAUCACGACAGAGCUCACGAAUCAGAGCAAACGCCGCAAGCCGAGACGCAUGCGGAAGGACAGCUGCCCAUGACGGACUUUGUGUGCCGCAGAUGCAAUGCAAGCUUCGAUGAUCCGGGUUCGCUCCAAAGCCAUGGGGAUUGGCACAUGGCCAAGGAUAUCCAGGAGAAUGAACGUGUCAGGCCUGCAUUCGCCGAGAACGCACCUUGCUCGCGGAUCUCCGUCGCGAAGGGAGCGAACUCUUCGUCCAAACGGGGCCGGCAAGGGAAACUUGAACAAGGCCAGCAGAAGCUGAAGUUUGGAUAGAGGUUGCCCAAUACCGAGGCUGACUACAUAGGCCUUUGGGGUCUUUGGUGACCUCACUUGAGCGGAUCAACCACAACCAUCGACCAAGACGAAGACUGCUCGAUAUGACCCAGUCGGCACGCGACGACCGAGGCAGGCGGAAAGAACUCGGAGCCGAACUGCCUCAUUGGAUAGGGCCAUCAUCAUGCUCGUGGGUAGCCCACUCGCGGAUCAAACUUUGAGAACGGGCAAACAAGCGUUGCCAAGCUGCGCGGCCGCAUUUUGGACAGAGUUGUUUCACACAAGCCCGGUUGUGGUCAAACUUGCGCGCGACUCAGGGCAUUGGAGCGAGGCAAAGCCACUAGUCAUCACCCGGGGCUCCGGGGACUGGAGCGCCAGACAGCGUCUGUGAGGCCACAAGCGAUGACAUUGAUGAGCAGAAAAUGCCGCCCUCGCUCAGGCCAAUACUUUUGCGCGCUGACAUUACAACCGGAUUCGUUUUCAUGCAGAACACUCCUCUCUACUGGCUUAGAUUCGGAGCGAGACUGGCAGCGAGCCUCGGCCGGGCAGUUGACUGUCCGACUUGAGGAGCAGCAGGUGGCAAGGAUUUGUUUGAUUGGCCAACGAGCGGCAAUUAGGCCGCUGUCGUGGUCCUCAAACUCGUCGUCAUCCGUUGUCGGCGUGUUGGGCUGCAAUUGGUGGGAGCCGUCGGUACCCAACGGAAGCCCAAGUACCAGACCGACCCCCGAACACUUGUGGGCCAGUUCUCGCCGGCCUCCGACAGCUCGCCGGCGCCAAGGCGUCUUGGGGUGCAGCAGUUGGCACUCGUCGUUGCGUCGCGACACGUUUUGCAGCUCAAGUGGUGUGGGCACGCGCUCGACAGUCAACCGUGGCUCUGGCUCGCACCAGGUGCGAACUCUGUCCGCAGAACUCGCGCCUCUUGCCAGACCGUCAGCUUUAUCUGCCGGUGGCUGGUGGUCCGGCGACCAAGUGGAGCAGACUCCGCGCGGUGGAUUUUAUGCAGCUCAAAGCAUCCAUCCGUCGAAGCGAGCGCUUGGUGCUCCGCGAGGGUGAGCGUGGAUGGAGCUUCGAUGGCGCCAGCAGAAGAAUAUCGAACCCGUUGGUGGCCUAAAGGAUCCAAGUUGUGGUGUCGACGGGUCGCGACACUCAGUGCAUGUAUCUUAUCUAUGCUUCCGCGCGGAAUGCUUGGAGGCGGCAGCGCGUUCGAGAUGGAUAAUAUCUCCAGCCCGCACCGCCCACGAACAUUUGCCAACCCAAGUCCGGCCUUUUGCGCGUUUCCCUCUCGCGCGGAGGCGGGCUGGCGGGCGGGCAGACCGCGUGCGACACGCCUCCGCCUCGCCAGUCCGUCCGUUCACUGCGAUCCAGUGCUUACAAUGAUAAAUAAGUAGCCCGAACACUGCCAGCCGGAUAUAGCCACACAAACGCAACCGUCUUGCAUCUUUAGUUGCGGGAACGCGACAACUGUCAUUGAGCCAACAAACUUUUGUUGAUGAGCGUCUGGAAGCAAAUACUUCGUACGGUCUUCGGUGGCCCUCGCUCACCGCCGGCCGUCGAUGGUGAUGCAGCGACUGAGACUAAGGACUGGGGAAACCUAUAUGCCGGCUUGCGGGACGAGCGUGCAUCGAUGAGCUGCAGCUCAACGAGCGCGGCGCGACUUGAGCAGAGUGCCACGUCGGAAAAGCCAACGACCCUGGGGAACUGCACGUACGGCCGGCCAUGGCCGAUGGCUUCACGGACAGCAGGAAGCGCAGAUGGAGGAAAUCGCCCGUACACGACGUGGAGAACCCUACUCACAGUGAGGCAGUGAACCUGAAACGUAUACCGUGACCAGGCUGAUGCGCUCGUUGCGUGCGCACUGCGUCGCAAACAUCUCCCAACAUUCACACGCCCCUGCCUCCUGGACCGGGCGAAUCCAUCAUCAUGAUGCUACAAAUAUCACAUCAUAUGCUUUUGGCAGGGUUCUCCUCGUGUAAACAGCUGCUGGGCAUGGUCGGACCGGGGAGUCGAUGCGUUUCGAUCGGACGGCGCAUACAGCUGACUGAAUGAUCCCGGAGCGUUCCCUCUUCUGGUAGAGGGUGCAGCGCAGCCCAACGGCCUCGGCGCCCAAGACGAAGGAAGGGACCCUCGCCACCAAGCCGGGAGUCCAAGAGAUGGGUAUCGUUGAUGGACCGAGGACUCUGACCAGUCACGAGAUGGCCAGGCCAGUCCUACCAGACGAUACCCAGGCCUGCCUGGCCGUCCAUAUGAGUGUCCACCGAG